AUGUCGAACAAAUCGUUUUCGCCUCUCUUCAUACAACCCCAUAUCCCCUUCGCUCCGGCGGACGGCCUUGCGUACGAGGGUACAGAAGAGGAGGAAGCACGUAUCUAUGCUAUGCAACCGCUGAAAGACAACGACUUCAUUCCGCUCCUCCGCUAUCCUAACAACCUCACUGUGUACAGACCUCCGAUGUUUCGCUACGCCUGGAUCAUCGACGACGACCAUCUGAAGCGCAUCAUAUCUGAGAAGUUCCCAAAGAUCAUUACAUUGGUCGACCGACCUUCCGACAAACCAAAAUUGUCGCCGAACUACUACAACUAUUUCGAAUUCCCUGGGAACCCCAGUCCGAACACGAAGAUCGGUAGUCUCAAUCUCACGCUCAGAAACGACAAGCUCAUCAAGGCCCUCGUGGAUCUUACCGAGCUGCCUAGCGACUAUGCGGACCACCUCGAAUACGUACUCCUAGUCGACAAGGAUGGCAGUGCGAUAUGGGGGAUACAGAUCGGGUCCAACUACCAGGGCGUGAUCCCACCGGAACACAUCCUCAAACUUCGGGAAGUGCUUGAGAUGGGUGACCAGGAUCCGAUGUGGUACAUCGAUAUAGUGCAGCGGUAUUGGCGGCGUAUCAGGUCGCUCCCGGGUGUCCCUAAUGAGAAGAUCGUCUACCCCUCCGACUAA